AUGGAUGCGGCGACGAUCGUGCUCUUGUCGCAGACGGACCACCAUCUAUUCGAGGUGGCGCACCCGCGCCUCGACGUCUUCGACUCGCCGCGCUGCACGCGCCUCGCCACGCAGGCGUGGACGGGCCGCCGCCUCGUCGCUCUCGCCGCCGCCUCGAUCGAAGCCCGCCUUUGUGAUCCGGACAUCGCGGCCGUUCAUUCCGGCUCCCACGUGGCACAGCGACCGUUGGGGUCCGACGUGGCGCGGGGCGCCAUUCCGAUCCGCUUGUGCGAGGACGCGUAUCCCGGGUGGAUAUCGGCUGCUGACGUGGCGGAAGGCGCCAUCCGUCGCUUGUCCAUUGGCUCAGAGAGUGAAACGCGAGAGGCAGGCGAUGCGGUGGAUAGGGGCAGGCGGAAGGGCGGAGGAGGGGAGUGUGAAGGCGGAGGCACGGCAGAGAAUGGGGACAUGGGGGUGGGCGUGGGGGAAGAGGCGGACUUGGCGGGGGAGAGAGAGGCGGCGGUUGCAUUCGCGGAGGCGGCGAGGGCGGAGGGCGAUCGGUACCUGUGGGGCGGCACCACGGGGCCGCACUUCGACUGCAGCGGCCUCGGUGCGUGCCUCCCCUUGCCUCUCGCCUCGCCUCAUGGCGCCGCCCCACGCGCACAGCGCGGAGCGCAGAGCGCAGCUGCCUUGGCUGCAGUGGUUGCGGUGGAAAAGCUAAGGAAUGGUCGCAGCAGCAGGGCGGUAGCGAUGUGUGGCACAGCUGUAGCGCACCAUGCAAGCUGGCUGAGUGUGCGGCGAGUGCUCAUGCUGUGCGCUCUCAUUCGUCUGCCAUCGCCUGUGUGUAUCGUCGGCAACUGCUCUUUCUUACGAAAGCUCGACUUUUUCUCGCCCUUCUCUUCUGGAUUUUUCUUCGUGGAUGCGCUGUGGCAUGGUGGGUGGGUGUGGUGGCAUGGUGGGUGCGGUGGCAUGGUGGGUGUGGUGGCAUGGUGGGUGUGGUGGCAUGGUGGGUGUGGUGGCAUGGUGGGUGUGGUGGCAUGGUGGGUGUGGUGGCAUGGUGGGUGUGGUGGCAUGGUGGCAUGCAGUGCAGCGAGCAUAUGCAUCGGCUGGAGUGUGGGUGCCGCGAGACGCCUUUCAGCAGGUCAGUGCGUCUGCUUCCACUCACGGGGAGGCACCUCCUCAUGGCCCUCAUCCUCCACGCCACUCACCUUCCACACUGCGUGCUCAUCUUUGCUCUCAUCCGCCUUCCUUGCCUCACUCCGCACCCGUCUCUCCCUGCCAUGCCUGCAGGAGGCCUUCUGUGAGCCAGUCUGUGUGGACCGCAUCGCUCGAGGCGAUCUGGUGACGUUUCUGCACAGCUCUGGGCGUGAUGACGGCCACAACGGCAUCGUCUCUGACUGCCUGCGCCUGCUGCUGCCCUGCCGUCCACGUCGCGCUCGUCUGUCGCGCGGCGAGGCACGUGUGUUGAUGGAGCAUGCCCAUGGCUCAAAUGACGCGUGCGUGUGCUGCCUUGGUAAGAGCAGCUGCUCGGGCGAGGGCUUGGGUGAGGAGCAAGAGCGCAUGAGUGCAGAGGGAGGCAGCAGGACGUGUGGGGCAGGCGAGGCAGGGGAGUGGAAGGUGGUGAAGCGGUGGCACGUGGGCAGCAGGGAGGAGGGGGAGCAGGGGGAGGAAGACAGCGGCCAGGCCACCGUGGAGGGCGGGCAGGGGCAACGGUGGCAGGGACGGAUGACGCUCGUGGCAACGCGCACUGCAGGCAGUGAGGACGCGGUUUUGACAGAGGGAGGGGAGGGCGCAGCAGAUUGGGGGAAGGGCGUGGAGGUGUGUGCGCAGGGCAGGGUGGCGCAGCACUAUGGUGCUCAGCUCAGGGGCUUCGGGCGCGUGCUGCACGCCCUGCCACCAUCGCUCGCCCACAUCCCCCCCCACCUCGUGCUGCCGCUUCAGGUGUAG